AUGCCCCAAUGGCGUCAUCGUUUCAGUGAAAUCGCAAGUAAAAAGGUGAAAACGGCGUCAAAUUCGGCUAUUUCCACGACAAACGGAUCGAAUGCGGAAACGAAAAGAUUGAGAUUUCUAAACAAAAAGCCGCUUUGUCUACAGUACAAUUUGGCGGCCGGGAGGAAAGCGCUGGCGAAAGCGAAAAGGAGAGAACCGUCACUUGUCUACGCUUUUGUGGUGGGCGCUGUGUCGCUAAUGAAAUGGAUUCUGGAGACAGCUCAACGAGAAGUGACCGAUUUCUUGUUGAAGCCAGUCGACGAGCCGAUGAUGCAAGAAGACGGCGGAGUGUCUGUGAAGGGAUCAGCCAUUCCCAUUCUCAAUCCACUCAGCGCCGGGCCUCAUCUCCCCAAAUAUGGUUCGGGCUCGAUGGCCCGGAUGGCAGUUGCCGGACGCCGAUUGUUGAUCAAUCGGAAGAUUUGCUCAAAAUCGCUUUUAGCCACGGCUGAGCUCGCUGUUUACGCGCGACUUUGGACGGGCAAAGAGAAUGCAAAUGAACAU